AUGGUGGACACAUCGGCGCAUUACGGCGGCGCACCGGGUGACGACAAAGCGCUUGUCGAGGUGUACUACUGGGACAACACGGACCCUGCCGCGGCCGCCGACAUGACGACAAAAGCUUGGGACUGGACGCGAUGGACAAGCGCCAAGGUGUUUACGGGCCUCGAAUUUGGCGGGGAAGUCGUCGCGACGUUUCUUGGCCUCACGCGAUCCAAAUACGACUGGAUCUUGGAGACGAAAGAGCGCGAUGACCAGGAGCGCGCCAUGCGGCAAUUGGAGAAGCGGCAGCGCAAGCAGCUUCGACUGAUGGAGUUGCUGGCCGAAGAAAAGCGAAAGCUGCGCGAGUUGGAGAAUGGCGCGUCCACCACCACCCAACCAAGUGAUAGUAUUCUAUUGUAA